AUGGCAAUAUCGCUGGACCGCAAGACGGUCGCGAUAUACGCCGGCGCGAUUGUGCUACGCCUCGUCAUUUUCCUCGCUUUUCCCGACAUUCCCGAUUUUUUGACCGCGAGAGUGGAAAUAUCGACUCCAAUCUCGAGCUUUCAAAGACUCCAAGAAGGCCUCUUUCUUUAUCAACAUGGAUUAUCACCUUACGAUGGUGGUGUCUUUCACCAAGCGCCGCUACUGCUGGUCAUCUUCGAGAUCCUGCCGCCGACGCUGGUCUUUGUCGGUCUGGAUGUCCUAAACGCAGCAUCCCUACAUGUUAUUGCGGACGACCUACGAAUUCCAACCUCUCGCUUUCACCAGUUGGAUGGCUCCCUGAUCGCUGCGGGUUAUCUCUUUAAUCCUUUUACCAUCUUGUCGUGUUUGGGGAGGAGCACCAGCAUCUUUACGAAUGCUGCCAUUAUCCAAGCUGUCUUCAACGCUCAGUCAGGAAAUGCAAUCCGCGCCAUGUUCGCGCUUGCGAUUGGGACCUAUUUGUCAAUGUAUCCAGCUUUACUUCUGCCACCGACCCUGCUCAUGAUCCAUAAAAACAAUCGAUCUAGGUCUCUCGCUGCGUCAAUCGUUUCCUAUACCGCAGGGCUCGCUGCACUCCUAGCCACGACACCCAUCUUAACCAGUGGAUUCUGGAAUUUCUUGGCCUCUUGCUACGGCGUCCAAAUAACGGUUCCUGACCUGACUCCCAACGUCGGGCUGUGGUGGUACUUCUUCAUCGAGAUAUUCGAUUCUUUCCGGGAUUUCUUCAUCGGCGUUUUCUGGUUGCACUUGGUGGGAUAUGUAGGAGGCAUGACUCUUCGACUCCAAAGCCAGCCUCUUUUCGUCAUCACCAGCCUGCUGGGCUUGUUCGCCAUCUUCAAGCCAUACCCGAGCAUCGCGGACGUCUCGCUGUAUCUCGGAUUUUUACCAAUGUAUCAACAUGUGCUUCCCUUAACUCGAUACACCUUCAUCGCUGCAUCUGUGCUGCUGUAUUCGACCCUAUUGGGCCCUGCCUUUCACCAUUUGUGGAUUUACGCCGGCUCUGGCAAUGCCAACUUUUUCUAUGCCAUCACACUGGUUUGGAGUUUGGGGUUAACCAUCCUUGUUGGAGACACCUUGUUCGCUGUUAUGCGCGACGAAUGGGAGAUGGAGAGGCCCGAAAUGAAGGGUAAAAGUGUACGCCAGAUAUGA